AUGGGAAGAAGACAUAGGCAUGUAACUGAUGAGGACGAUGAGGAGAACCUUGGUGGUGAUGAUGCUAAUGGAGAUGAUGAUGUGUAUAUGUAUCCGACUGACAUGCACCCUGAUGAGCGGCAUGGUUAUAAAGAGACAGUUCAAGCAUCAAAAGCUGCUAAAUGGAAUCGACAACAAAAAGAACAUUUUGUAAAAGGCAAAAGAAAAACAGGUAGCACAAUCUUCCUCAAAUCUGUUGAUGCAUCAAAUAAUAUAAAGGACAACAAAUACAUAUAUGGUUUGUUGAAGGAUGUGAUCAAGGAAGUUGGGAAACAAAAUGUGGUACAAAUAGUUACAGAUAAUGGGUCGGCAUUCGUGAAGGCGAGGAAGUUGUUAAUGAAGAAAUACAAUCUUUAUUGGACUCCGUGUGUAGCACAUUGCAUCGGCUUAAUGUUCGAAGACAUCGGUAAAAGGACGAGUGUUACAGAUGUGAUUACAAAAGCUCGAAAGAUAACCAACUUCAUUUAUAACCAUAGUUGGUUGCUUGCGCAGAUGUGGAAAGUGUGUGGUGGAGACAUAGUUCGUCCUGGAGCAACAAGAUUUGCAACCAAUUAUAUGGCCCUCGACAGUCUUUUGAAAAAGAAAGCAAACUUGAAGAAAGUGUUUAUCAGUGAUGAAUGGGCACAACACAACUUAAGUCGCACAUUAAUCGGCAAAGAAGUUGAAUCACUUAUGUUUGACCAUGCGUACUGGGAGAGAGUGGGAAAGCUAGUGUCAAUAUAUGAGGCGCUAUACACGGUUCUUUGCAUUGUCGAUUCAAAAGUUGUUCCUACAAUACCAUUUGUGUACGAAUUGAUUCGAGUUAUGAAAGAGAACCUCAUUCGACUUAAUGCUAAAGAAUGGGUGUUAGAAAUAAUUACAGAUCGUUGGGAUAGAACUCUUAAUCAUCCUCUUCAUGCAGUAGAUUUCAAUAUAAACGUGGAGUUGGUACUGAUCCUGAUCUACUUCAAGUUGUUUAUGAAGUUUUUACGAAAUAAGAUCCUACAUCAGAAGGUCUUAGUCAAUUUGGAAAUGAGAUUAUACUAUUCCGAGAUGCAAAAAGAGGAUUCGGUGAUCGAGCAACGAUUGCUUCGAGGUCAGAAAUGGUUCUCGAUGAUGAAGAUGGAAAUCCCGACCCAUGAAUUGCCGCACAUGUCCGAGAAGCAGGUGUCGAUGUUGAUCGAGUGUUAUCCGAAGAAGUUCAUACUGAUAGUUUCAUCCAAGACACGAGAGAUUCAUUUCGACAAGGAAUUUCUCAGCCGACAGUCACUUCUUGACCUUCUUUUGACUCCACGAGUGUUGAACAUAGUAGUAGACCUAGUGCUACUGGUACUUCUGCUUCCAGUUAUGAUGGUUCAAGAGGAGAGGGACCAAUGA